CACUAGAUUUCUCUUAUUAAUCUCACAAUUUCUGUUAAAAAUCCUAAAUUUAUCCACUUUUAAUGAAUCAAACACACCUUCGAACCCUUGAUUAAUCCAUCUUUGUCUUUUCCCACAUCAAAUUUUACCUCAAUUCUUAAUCUUUAAGUUUCCACUUUUCAUUUUUUUAAAAACCCAAUUGACUAUUCCACUCUCAUUUUUCUCAAGACAGUUUUUUUCCCUUCAAAUGAUUACAACUUCCACUUGAAAACCCAAAAAGAUCACAAAUUUAAUCGAAUUAAACAAUUGGGUAGUGGUAAAAAUGAGGGAAAAGCUAGGUUUUUCAGUGAUCAUAUUGUUUUGGCUAUGUGGGUCGUGUUUAGGUAGGUUUGUAGUUGAGAAAAACAGCUUAAGAGUGACGUCCCCAGAUUCAGUUAAGGGCGUUCAUGAAUGUGCAAUCGGUAAUUUUGGUGUUCCUCAAUAUGGAGGGACUUUAGUUGGGACUGUGGUUUAUCCCAAAGCUAAUCAGAAAGCUUGUAAAGGGUUUGAUGAGCUUGAUAUCUCGUUUAAAUCUAGGCCUGGUGGUUUGCCUACGUUUCUUCUCGUUGAUCGUGGAGAUUGUUACUUCACUUUGAAGGCAUGGAAUGCUCAGAAAGGUGGAGCAGCAGCUAUUUUGGUUGCAGAUGAUAAGAUGGAACCAUUGAUUACCAUGGACACUCCUGAGGAAGAAAAUGCAAACGCUGAUUAUUUGCAGAAGAUCAAUAUUCCAUCAGCCCUUAUCACCAAAGCAUUGGGAGACAGUAUCAAGAAGGCACUUUCUGGUGGGGAGAUGGUUAACAUAAAUCUUGACUGGACUGAGGCUCUUCCACAUCCUGAUGAGCGUGUUGAGUAUGAGUUCUGGACAAAUAGCAACGAUGAGUGUGGGCCAAAGUGUGACAGUCAGUUGGACUUCGUCAAAAACUUCAAAGGCGCAGCUCAGAUACUUGAGCGAAAAGGUUACACUCAGUUCACCCCGCACUAUAUAACAUGGUAUUGCCCGGAGGCGUUCAUUUUGAGCAAACAAUGCAAGUCUCAGUGUAUAAACCACGGAAGAUACUGUGCCCCAGAUCCUGAACAGGACUUUAGUAAGGGAUAUGAUGGAAAAGAUGUUGUGGUUCAAAAUUUACGGCAAGCUUGCUUCUAUAAAGUGGCCAAUGAAACUGGAAAGCCAUGGCUUUGGUGGGAUUAUGUGACUGACUUUGCAAUCCGUUGUCCAAUGAAAGAGAAGAAAUACACCAAAGAGUGUGCAGAUCAAGUUAUCCAAUCACUUGGUGCUGAUCUCAAGCAGAUAGACAAGUGUAUAGGUGACACCGAAGCUGAUGUGGACAACCCAGUUCUUAAAGUUGAACAAGAUGCUCAGAUUGGAAAAGGUGCCAGAGGAGAUGUGACUAUAUUGCCAACUCUUGUUAUAAACAAUGGGCAAUACAGAGGUAAGUUGGAUAAAGGAGCAGUCCUCAAGGCGAUAUGUGCAGGUUUCCAGGAGACCACUGAGCCAGCCAUAUGUUUAAGUGAAGAAGUAGAAACCAAUGAGUGCUUGGAGAACAAUGGUGGUUGCUGGCACGACAAGGCCUCAAAUAUCAGUGCAUGCAAGGAUACUUUUCGGGGAAGAGUGUGUGAAUGUCCAGUGGUACGAGGUGUGAAGUUUGUUGGUGAUGGUUAUACUCAUUGUGAAGCUUCAGGUUCUUUGCGUUGUGAAAUUAACAAUGGAGGGUGCUGGAUGCAAAAAAAGGAUGGCAAGGCCUUCUCUGCCUGUGUUGAGGAGCAUUCACAAGGCUGCAAGUGUCCUCAAGGAUUCAAGGGCGAUGGAGUCAACUCCUGCGAGGAUGUGGAUGAAUGCAGAGAGAAGUCCGCAUGCCAAUGUCCAGAUUGCAAAUGCAAGAAUACCUGGGGUGGUUAUGAUUGCAGCUGCGGCAGUGGGUUAUUAUACAUUCAAGAACAUGACACGUGCAUAAGUAAAGCUGCUAACACUGAGACUGGCUGGAGCUUUGUUUGGAUAAUCAUUCUAGCAUUUGCUGCUGCUGGAGUUGCUGGAUUUGCAACUUACAAGUACAGAAUCCGGAGAUACAUGGAUUCGGAGAUACGUGCUAUCAUGGCGCAAUACAUGCCAUUGGAUAACCAGGGAGAGAUUCCUGUCCACCAUGCUUCCCGCGGUGACAUCUGAAGGUGAAGAGCUCACAAGGUUUAUAUUCUACUUCCAAAAGUGUUUUAUCCGCAUUUAAUGCAUGCUUGAUCUGGCCUUUUUUUGAGUAGCCUCUCAUACUUUAUGUAAAAUUUAACUAUUUUUAAGUUAUGUAAGUGGCGCACGUAAUCCCUGGACUGUUGUAAAUUUUCCAUCAGAUAUAAGACAUACGGAGUCGUAUCUCUUUUUUUUUUUUGUUAA